AUGUUUUCCAAUGGAAUAGAAACUGUAGCUGCUGGAAAAAGGAGGGUGUGUUUUCUCUCCUUGCUGCUCUUCGGCCUCUGGGGCUGUGUGACCUGUCACUGGAGCCCAGUGGAGGACAUCUGCACAGCCAAGCCUCGGGACAUUCCUGUGAAUCCAAGGUGCAUUUACCGGUCUCCAGAGAAGAAGGCAACUGAGGAUGGGGGCUCCGAGCAGAAGAUCCCUGAGGCCACCAACCGGCGGGUCUGGGAACUGUCCAAGGCCAAUUCCCACUUUGCCACCGCCUUCUAUCAGCACCUGGCAGACUCCAAGAAUGACAAUGACAACAUUUUCCUGUCGCCCCUGAGUAUCUCCACAGCUUUUGCUAUGACCAAGCUGGGUGCCUGUGACAACACCCUCAAGCAGCUGAUGGAGGUUUUUAAGUUUGAUACCAUCUCUGAGAAAACAUCUGAUCAGAUCCACUUUUUCUUUGCCAAAUUGAACUGCCGACUCUAUCGAAAAGCCAAUAAAUCCUCUGAGUUGAUAUCAGCCAACCGCCUUUUUGGAGACAAAUCCCUUACCUUCAACGAGACGUACCAGGACAUCAGCGAGGUGGUAUAUGGAGCGAAGCUCCAGCCCCUGGACUUCAAGGAAAAUGCAGAGCAGUCCAGAGUGACCAUCAACCAGUGGGUAUCCAAUAAGACUGAAGGGCGUAUCACUGACGUCAUUCCCGAGAAAGCCAUCAACGAGCUUACUGUCCUGGUGCUGGUUAACACCAUUUACUUCAAGGGCCUGUGGAAGUCAAAAUUCAGCCCUGAGAACACAAGGAAGGAACAUUUCUACAAGGCUGAUGGGGAGUCAUGUCCAGCAUCCAUGAUGUACCAGGAAGGCAAGUUCCGCUAUCGGCGUGUGGCAGAAGGCACCCAGGUGCUUGAGCUGCCGUUCAAGGGUGAGGACAUCACCAUGGUGCUCAUCCUGCCCAAGCCUGAGAAGAGCCUGGCCAAGGUGGAGCAGGAACUCACCCCAGAAGCGCUGCAGGAGUGGCUGGAUGAGCUGGCAGAGACGCUGCUGGUGGUCCACGUGCCCCGCUUCCGCAUUGAGGACAGCUUCAGCGUGAAGGAGCAUCUGCAAGACAUGGGUCUCGUGGACCUGUUCAACCCUGAAAAGUCCAAGCUCCCAGGUAUUGUUGCAGAAGGCCGGAGCGACCUCUAUGUCUCAGAUGCAUUCCAUAAGGCAUUUCUCGAGGUAAAUGAGGAAGGCAGUGAAGCAGCAGCAAGUACCGCCAUCCUGAUCGCUGGCCGUUCGCUGAACCCCAACAGGGUGACCUUCAAGGCCAACAGGCCUUUCCUGGUUCUUAUAAGGGAAGUUGCUCUGAACACUAUUAUCUUCAUGGGCAGAGUAGCCAACCCUUGCAUUAACUAAAGUGUUCUUAUCCUUUGCACCUCUUCCUACUUUGGUUUGUGAAUAGAAGUAAAAAUAAA